AUGUCCCGCGAGGCCGGCGCCUGGCGUGUGGGUGCUGGGGCCCGGGCACGGAGGCCCAAGAAGCCCCACUAUAUCCCGAGGCCCUGGGGCAAACCGUACAACUACAAGUGCUUCCAGUGCCCCUUCACCUGCCUGGAGAAGUCGCACCUGUACAACCACAUGAAGUACAGCCUCUGCAAGGACUCCCUGUCCCUGCUGCUGGACUCCUCCGCCUGGGCUUGGGUGGAGGUGGGGAGCUCCAGACAGAGGGCAGGCAAGGCAAAAGCCCAGAGGCAGCUUGGGCAGGGCCUGGGCGGGGAGGGCUUCUCCCCACGCCGCAGCGGUGGGGGCCCCACACCAGGCGCGAAGGGCACCCCGGGGACGCCGCCCCCUGCCUCCAGGGCCUCCAGGAAGGGCCCAGACCCCAGCGGGCUUCUGAGUAAGCUGUGGAAGCCUGGGCCAGGUGGGGACCCUGGAAGCACAGUUGGGGGCGAUGGAGGUUCUGAGGGCGGGAUCCCCUGCUACCCGCCCCCCGCCCUGGGAGAGUACCCCGAGACCCAGAACCUCCAGCUGUCCUUGCUGGGCGUGAACUACCCGCUGGGCCCUGGUCUCUUCUCUUACCUGGGCUCCUCACUGGCGGCCGCACACAUGCCCUUCCUGGCCUCUGCCGGCCCGCUGCUGCCCCCUCCCCCGGCCUUCGCCGCCCCACAGGCCCCUGAGCGCUCUGCCCUGGCCCCCCGCCUUUAUUACCCGCUGCUCCUAGAGCACAGCCUGGGGCUGCGGACUGGCAGGGCAGCCCCCCCAAAACCUCCCACCCCCCCUAGAGCGUCCCCUGGCACUCUGGCUGCCGGGGUCCUGAAGGUGUCCAUGACGGGGGCGGGGAGUCCCUGGGCCCACGGCCCCCCUAGGAAUCCGGGGCGGGAAGGGGCACUGGGGCAGGCUUCUGAGGAGGCUGCGAAAAGGAAGCCCCCUCCAGGAGGCAGGCUGGAGUUCCAGAAGGUUCCAAGCAUAGCCAAGUUUGGUUACCAGAGCAGCCUACCAUCUGGCCCUGCCACUGUGCUCUGCACUGGGAACAAGCAGGCCUUCAGCUCAGAGAGCCCGGGCCCGCCAGCCCUCCUCGCCCAGCCGCCACAGAGGAACCUGGGCCCUGGCAGCCCCAUGCGUGUGGGGGAGGACCUGACCCGGGUCCUGGGUGACUACGCCCGUGUGGAGCAGCGUCUAGGCCAGCUGGCACCCUCAGGGGAUCUGGCCCCGCGCCCCCUGCGGGAGCAGCUGGGCAAAAUCCGCCAAGAGUUGCUGCACAUUCACCAGGCCCUGGAGCAAGCCGUGUGCCCGCCCGACACACCCCUUGACCUCUCUGUCAAGCGGUUGCCCGCCAAGGGGCCCGAAACACCCUCUGGAGCCUGGGGGCCACCUGAUCCCGGCCCUGCACUGGGUCAGGGGACCCCCGAGCCUCUGGGUGCACUGGGCCCCUCCACCCCUGAACCCUUCUCUGGCCAAAUCACCAAGUGUGAGGCCGACUCCAGUGCCCCCCCACCAGGCCUGCCGCUGCCAGCCCCUGAGGAUGGCAUGCCCUGUGGUGGCUGGGGCAGCCGAGGCAGUGGGGCAAUUGGGUCCCAGAACCCUGAGUCUGUCCCCAGCCUGCAGGUUCCCCGGGGUGCAGAGCUCUGACCUGGCACUGAUGUCCCCAUCCCACGCCAUCUCCCUCAGCCCUCAGUGCUGCCCCAGCUCUCCUGCUCCCCUGUCCCCACACCCUGGACUCGGCUGGUCCCAGCAUGCACCUGGCCAGACCGACCUGCCAGCACCAGGGCCUGUCUGGGGGCUCGCAGGGAAGGGUCUGGGUCACGUUAUUUAUUGCUCACGGUCUUGGAUGCUGAAAUAGAAGGCACGCUCUUCA